GCCGUGGGACACUGCGGAGCCCAGAGGCCCUUGUGACAUGGCAGAGCCAGGCCCUGCAGGGGGUAUACCAGGGGCACAGGGCCCGGCACUGCCCAGUCCCAGGACAGCCUCUGGCUCAGGAGGAAGCAGCUCCCGGGAUCCCACUCUGCGUUCCAGCAGAUCAGACAGGGAGGAGGACAAGGAGGGCUUGAGGUCCUUUGCCAGGAUGGAGGAAGAGUGGGAAUAUGACUCAGAUCCGGAGUUUUCCCAAUCAGGAGAGGUUAUCAACCAAGACCUUCACCUUUGGGAAGAGGUGACAGUCCAAGAGUUUUACCGACAGCAAGAAGUUUCCCCAUGUGGAGUUGUGAGAUGCCAAGAGCAGCAUCAGUGUGAGGUAGGUGUGAGAGUCCAAUGGGGAGAUGGAGCACAGCAAGAGAUGGAGGUGUUCCAUUGGGAAGAAAGCAUGACGGUACAGGAGCUCCCCCAAUGGGACAAAGAGGAUGAGAUUUACCAAGAGCUGUCCCAACUGGAAGAAGAUCUCACAUACCAAGAGCUGUCACUGUGGGAAGGAGAGGGACACCAGGAAAUGUAUCCUGUGGAAAAAGAUUUUCGAAUCCCUAUGCACAUGUACCAAUGGGAAAAAGAAAAGAGAGAGCCAGAGUUGUCCCAAGUGGGAGACAACAGCAACAAGGAAGUAUGCCAAGGAAAAGACUGCAGUCUCCAAAAGCUGGCCCAAUGGGAAAAACACAGCAGUAACCAAAAUCUGUCCCAAAGCAAAGAAAGUGUCAGCAGCCAGGGGCUGUCUCAAUGGGAAGAAAGCGUCAGGUACAAGAUCUAUGACAAACCCUUACACCCAGAGAAGGAUAAGUGCACCCAGCCUUGUGCCCAGCAGGGCCCUGCUUCCCCCAGCAGUGUGGGCACCCCGGUGGCAGCAGAGGCAACCCAUGAGCUGCCCAGUGCCUUUUCUGCCCCAGGGAGUCCCACAAAGGACGAGCUGGCAGCUGCUGCUGUUCCAGCUGGAGCCACUGAGGAGGUGGAGGAGCCCCCAGAGCCUCUGGCUCCCGAGAUGGAAAAGCCACCAGGUUCUCCUGCUCGCAGUGAGGAGCUGCCACUGGCAGGAACAGAGAGCCCAGUCCCUGCCCCACGCAGCCCCUCAGGCAGCAGCCCAGCUCUGCCAGACUUAGAGAGGCACAUCAGCUCUGAGGUGGUGCUUGAGGCUGGGCUUGAGGUCCAGGCAUCUGACCAGCAGCCAGAGGAACAGGGGGACCUGGAGCAAAGCAUGGCUGCAGAAACGGAAGCAGCAGCUCCAGAGCAAAGGGAAGAAAGCCCGAGCUCUGCCCCACACAGUCCCCCCAGCCCCUCACCCACCUCACUGGGAGCCCAGGCACUCAGGGAGCAGCAGGAGGAGGCAGUCCUGGCAGAGGAAGACAGCGAGGAAGAGACCUUGGCUGGGGAUCUUGAGCUUUCCCAGGGUGACAGUGAUGAAGUCCCAGAACUGUCCCAAGUUGAAAUAGGCAAAUACCAAGAAGAGUCCCAAAGGGAAGUCUGCAAUGAGCAGAUCUCCCUAGAAGAAUCUGGAAGCUACCAGGAAGGGUCCCAAGGGCAAGCUGGAACUAAACACAUGCUUUCCCCAGUGGAAUCCAGAGGUCACCAGGAAGGGUCCCAAGGGGAAGCCAGCACUGAGGAGGAGAUGUUCCAAGGACAUUCCAGUAGCUACCAAGGAUUACCGUUUGGGGAAGCCUGCACUGAACAGGAACUGUCCCAGGGAGGUGCUGGUAGUCCCCAAAAAGUGUCCGAGUUGGACAAAUCUAUUGAGAAAGGGUUCUCCCACGGAGAUACCAGUAGCUACUCUGACCUUUCUGACUGGGAUGAAUGCAGCAAAGAAGAGCUGUCCCAAGGAGACAGGGAUAGCUACAAAGAUUUUUCAGACUGGGAAGAAUACUCUGAGCAAGGGCAUUCUCAAGGAGAAACCAGUAGCUCCCUAUAUCCAUCUGACUGGGAUGAAUUCAGCAGGACAGAGCUCUCCAAUGGAGAUGUUGAGAGCUACCAGGAACCAUCAGACUGGGAAGAAUCUGUUAGCCUAGAGUUUUCUGAAGAGAAAGACUCCUGUAGCCAGGUGUCUAGCAGCAGUGAGAAGACUUCCUCUGGGAAGUCCACCUGGGAGAGUGACAGUGACCAAGACUUUGUGCAGAACAGCUGGGAAGAGAGCAUUGAGGCCAAGCCCUUGCUGCAAGAGGAUGACGAGUGGGACGAGAGAAGUGUCCUUGAGCUCUGUGAAGAUGAAGACAGAAAGCAAAGACCAGCAGGUUUGGCAGGAGAGGGAUUCCCUGUGCCUGUCCCUUGCGAGGCUUGUGUUGAGCUUGGGGCAGCUGGGCCGUGCCUUGUGCCCUGUGCCUCAUCUCCCCAUGUAGAAGCUCUGGCCCCCAGAGGACACACAGCCUCUCCUGCCUUCCAGGAGCAGGUGCCAGAGGCUGGGACACAGAGACUGGUGCCUGCCCCUUACAGCAGCCCCAGCCCGUCAGCUCCCCAGCUGGGAGCUCAGGCCCUCAGCCGGCAACAGGUCCCCCACAAGAAACGUCCCUCCAGCCUCAGGUGGGCACUGCACAGCCUGUUCCACUGCCCCUGCCUGGAGCCACAGCCCGAGGAUUAG